AUGGAGGUCGACGACCCCCCUGCGGCCGACCCUCGACCGGGAACUCCGCACCUCCUCGAAUCCUCCGAACCUCCUUCGGACCCUGCCACGCCUACUCCCUUCCCUCGAAGCUCCCUGAAACGCAGAGCAGUCUCUCCACCGAGCAAGCCGCCUGCCACGGCGCUGGCAGCCUUUCCGGCCUCGACGCGCGCCCCUUCCGUCCGCCAGCAGGUCAGCGCAGCUGCGGACGACCAACUCCUCUUCUUGAGCGACUGGAAGCUAGCAACAACCUCCCUCGCCGGAGCGCUUGACUCGGUCAUCUCCUCCCUACAGGGCCGCCCACGCGAGCUCGCAAGUGCACUCGCAGCAAAGUUCAUCGCCCUAGCCCGCCGCGAUGUACCACAGCAAGGCCCUCUAGGCCCUCUACCGCUCCCUGAGCACACGGCUCCCACUGCCCCCCAGCGAGCUCCUCAGAUCCCGCGGGCCCAGUCUUGGGCCUCGAUAGCCACCCCCGCGCCCGGCCAGGAAGCCUGGCAAACCACGGCACCAAAACAACGCGACCGAACCCGCCAGCGCCAGCGCCAGACGAAAGAAGCCGAUCCCCGCAUCUUCCUCCGACUCCCAAGCUCCUCUAGCUUCCGGGAGAUUGGGCCCCAUGGCGUCCGAGUCACACUACAAAGGCGGUCCAGAAGUUUGAAGACAUCGCGCUAUUUUUUUAGCGCGAUUUGCGUCACCCCCCACCCAUCUUCUUCAACUACCCCCUACACCACCAAUAUGCGUCGGUUUGGCACUGAAAUAAGUGGGAAUCGAAGGCCAGGGGGUGAGCUUUCAUCUGAGGCCCGCGCAGCUAUUAUAUACGCUCAUGAAUGUGGUGUAUCGCCCACUAAAAUGGCUGCUGAGUUCAACGUCGCACGCUCAAGUAUAUACUCUACAAUCAAACGAUUCCGAGAGCACCAAACGCUUAAAUCACUGCCUCGUUCAGGUGCUCCUAAAGUCUAUAGGUACUCUACUAUCAAAUACACCUGUUUACUUGCACGCCGUGAGCCUUGGCUAAGCCUUAGUGAGCUGAGCGCCCGUAUACCCAGCCAUCCAUCUCGAUCAACAAUCAAGCGAUUCCUACGUUCAAAAUUCCUCCAGCGCUAUCGAGCAAGACGUUGUAUCCCAAUUUCAAGAGAGAACGCCCGCAAAGAGUCCGAUUUUGCCGAAAUUGGAGGGCUGAACGCUACAAUUCCCAACUACAAACCUUCAUCUUUUCCGACGAAUGCAGCGCUCAACGUAUCCCUAAUUUAA